UCAAAGAGAGAAAAACAGAGUGAGAACACACAAAAACAACACCUCCUCUAUCCAAUUAGUCUCACACUCCCACUCAACUAGGGGCAUUUCAGUAAUUCAAAGACACGUGGCAACACAGUCAUUUCUUUGUAGUGCAAGGUCAACAAAGUCAUUUUAGCGGGGAAAUAAAUUAUUUAUUUAUUUAUUAAAUAUACUAGAUAUAGAAGAUGUUGUAGUAGAAGAUAUGUAGAGGAGGAUAUUUGUCAGGGGGUUCAGAAGCUUAAGCUCCCAUACCUUCCACACGCGUAUGCACACACUGCCAUCGUCGGCAAAUGUGUAUUCUAGUCGGAAAAUAUCAAAUUCUCUAUUUUCCGGCAGUUUUCUGACAGUUCGCUGUCGAUUCACGGCGUUAGUGUUUAUACUUCGGUAGUUUUUUGUGGUGACAGUUCGUUGUCAAUUCACGGCGUUAGUGUUUAUACUUCGGUAGUUUUUUGUGGUGAUUGUUGGAAAUGCAAGAUAUACAUUCGAUCGGAGGGGGAGGAAGCCGGUUAUUCGGCGGCGGAGACCGGAGGCUGAGGCCGCACAACCACCAGAACCACCAGGCCUUGAAGUGUCCUCGAUGUGACUCGCUUAACACCAAGUUCUGCUACUACAAUAACUAUAACCUCUCGCAGCCACGCCAUUUCUGCAAGAGCUGCCGGAGGUACUGGACCAAGGGCGGCGUCCUCCGCAACGUCCCCGUCGGCGGAGGCUGCCGGAAAACCAAGCGGUCCAAGCCGAAGGCAUCCUCAGAAGCCGCGCAAAAUCGCAAGUCGAACUCUCAUUCGAGCAGCGAGAGCUCCAGUCUCACCGCCUCCACCGCUGCCGCGACAGCCACCACCGAGGUAGCGUCGGCAAGCACCUCGACCUCUGCGUCUACAUUACUCAACAUUCCAGAGUCGAGGUUCUUCAUUCCUCAUACCACAACCCCUAGUUUACAGACCACAAACCCUAAUUUCGAUCCGCCGUUGAUCGAUCAAGUAUCCGACGGUGGGAUCUUCCCAGAGGUCGGAAGCUUCACGAGCCUGAUGACUUCAUCCAACGAUCCGUCACUUCUAGGGUUCAACAUGGCCGACAUUUCGUCAUACCGGUUGCACCAACACAAUCAUGCACAGGUUCUACAGAAUCACAGCUCCAAUCAACAGUGGCAGCAACAGCAAAAGAUAACAAGUACCAUGCCCGAUGAUGAUCUGAAGAUGCAAGACAUCACGACUGGGUUUCUCGAUCCGACGGCUCAAAUUGAUCUAUCAGGGUUACAGAGCAGAACGUACAACGGUGGACUCGCAGCAGGGGAUUGGCAUGCUGGUGGGGAUGAAGAUCAAGAUCAAGGUUUGUUUGAUCUCACAGGAACCGUAGAUCAAACUUACUGGAGUCAAACUCAGUGGAAUGCUGACAACGAUCACCCUCUUUACCUCCCAUAAUUUCAACCUCUUUUAACUCUCCAGAAAAACAAACAAAAUAAAAAAAAAAAAAAAUUUAAAUCGGAAAGAAAUAGUAUGAAUGUGAAUUGACUGUUUUUUUUUUUAUUAUUUUUAUUUUCUGUAAAUUUAUUUUAUAUUUUGGUUUUCUUUUAAUUUCUUUCUUUAUUUUGGUUGAUUUUGAAAAGACGUGUUUGGCUUUGAUAUUUUGGGGCUUUGGCUUCUGAUGUACUGUUUGGAAAUUAAGUUGAUCAAAUAUAGAGAAAAUAUAUAUAGUGUGUGUGUUUUGUUUGUU